UGUUUUAUCGUAAUUCCGGUGUUAUUAAAAGCGAGAUCGGUCAUCUCUUUUAUCGGUUUGCAAUUAAAAUGCCAUUAAAAGCUUUUCUCCAAAACCCUAAACCCUCUCUUUUAUAAACAAAGCAAAACUCUCACAUUCCCUCGAACCCCAAACCAUCCCCAAAACCCUAAAUUCUAAACCCCAAACCUUAGCUUUUUUUUUUACACAGACAUAAAAAAACAAAAGAACCCACCAAAAAAUGUCGAAAUCCAGACCAAAACCUGUCGUGAUGACGAUGAUGCUGUCUUUGGUAAUAACAAACCACGUGUGUGGUCUUGUCUCGGCAAAGGCUGCUGCCACUACUUCUCCGGCCGCUUCGGACAGCACUGUGAUGAACGAGUUCUUGACAGUUCCGGCGUCGGAGUUCGUCGGAGCGGCGAGAGCUGCCGUCGAGGCCAUGAGAAAAGCCGGAGAGGCUCUGUCCAAGUUUCAGACAAAGAUCGGAGAUUUCAGGACGUCCAAUGCCGUUCUCGAUUGCUUGGACCUUCUUGAUUUUGCUUGCGAUGAUCUCUCUUGGACCAUCGACGCUUCUAAUUACCCCAACGGCAAAGACAACGGCACGGGGGACAUAAUCAAAGAUCUCAGGAUAUGGAUCAGUGCCGCCUUCUCCGAUGUUGACACGUGUCUCGAGGGUUUCGAGGGUACAAAUGGAAUUAUAAAAAAUCUCAUAACCGGUGGCCUUAACCGGAUCGGUCCAAUAGUCCGAAAUCUCUUAACCAUGGUUCACGACAAGCCCAAAACCGGUUCCGGUCAUGGUGGUUUCGGCAAAUUCCCUUCAUGGGUUAAACCCGAUGACCGGAAACUUCUCCAAUCCGAGGACAUUCCAGCGGCAGAUUCCGUGGUGGCGGCUGAUGGGACGGGAGAUUUCACGACGAUAAUGGAGGCGGUUAUGGCCGCACCGGAUAAGAGUGAAAACCGAUAUGUGAUAUAUGUGAAGAAAGGAAUAUAUUCGGAGAAUGUAGAGAUUAACAAGAAGAAAUGGAACAUCAUGAUGAUCGGAGACGGAAUCGAUUCCACCGUGAUCACCGGUGACCGGAAUUUCAUCGAUGGUUGGACCACUUUUCGAUCUGCCACUUUUGCUGUGAGUGGGAGAGGGUUCAUUGCUCGUGACAUAACGUUCGAAAACACGGCCGGACCGGAGAAACACCAAGCCGUGGCCCUCCGGUCAGAUUCCGACCUCUCAGUUUUCUUCCGGUGCGCCAUGAGAGGUUACCAAGACACUCUCUACGCUCACACGAUGCGACAAUUCUUCCGAGAGUGCAUCAUCACCGGCACCGUCGACUUCAUAUUCGGCGACGCCACGUCGGUCUUCCAGACCUGCCAGAUCAAGGCGAGGCAAGGGCUGGCGAACCAGAAGAACAUCGUCACGGCUCAAGGUCGGAAGGAUCCUGACCAACCCACCGGGUUCUCGGUCCAAUUCUGCAACAUUACAGCCGACACCGACCUUGUUCCGAACGUAAACAAGACGGUUACUUACCUAGGACGACCGUGGAAGUUGUAUUCUCGUACCGUGUUCCUGCAGAACUACAUUAGUGAGGCGGUCAGGCCCGAGGGAUGGCUCGAGUGGGAUGGGGAUUUCGCGCUGGAUACGUUAUUUUACGCUGAGUAUAUGAACCAUGGACCUGGGGCUCGACUCGAUAAAAGGGUCAAGUGGCCAGGGUACCGCGUUUUGAACAGCUCGGCCGAGGCUGAGGAUUUCACGGUCGGAUCGUUCAUCGAAGGGAACCUCUGGCUACCGGCCACCGGUGUUAGAUUCACUGCCGGUCUCAGCUCCUAAGUGAUGGAAAUGUAUGCAAAAUGAAUGAUAUGAUAUCGGGGUUUUUAUAUUGUCAUUAGCUUGUCCGUGGAAAAGGGUAAGCUUCGGACAAGAUUUGGGGAGUAAUAUUUCGUUCAAUGUGAUCUAAGCACGGAUAUUUUGGUCAGUUAACAAGGACCUAAGUUGGUAUUUUACUUA